CAAGCAGGGAGACCAGCAGGAGGUAGCUUUUCUCUGUGGCCCAACACCUACUCGCUCAGGACACGGGAUGGCCGUCGCAUACAGCUGCCUCUCCCUGUUUCUCCUAACCACUUGUGUGGCUCUGCUGCUGCAGCCCCUGCAGGGUAGCUGGGGAGCCCCAGUGGAGCCAAUGUACCCAGGGGACUAUGCCACCCCUGAGCAGAUGGCUCAAUAUGAAGCUCAGCUCCGCAGAUACAUCAACACACUGACCAGACCUAGGUAUGGGAAAAGAGACGAGGAGAACACGGCUGGACUUCCUAGAAUGCAGCUCUCCCCAUGCACCAGCCCCCUCAUUGGUUUGAUUCGCUGCUCAGCUCCCUGGAGCUGAGGGCAGGGAGCUCAGCCCAAUGGGCUUGUGCCCCUCCUGGCUCCUGGCUGUGGCUGUGGGACGGCGCCGGCCCAGCUCUCUCCUCUGCAUUCUUGCAACAACCUGCCCCCUUACACUCUAAAUAAAGCAAGUUAAAAUUACA